AUGAUUACUUUAAUUAAUUUCAAUCCUGCAGAUAGAAAUUGUUUUAUUGAUAGCCCUAGGUCAAUUCAAGUUAUUAGACAAAGAGGUAUUGCUUAAAAUGAAUUAUUUUGCAUUAAUAAAGAAUAACUUUAAGCAAUGGCAAAAAAAGAGAAAUCAUUAACAAAUGAGAAUUUAGAUGAUUUUCAUAAACAUUUUGAAUAUCGAAGAUAAUAAAAAGUCUAUACUUUAGUAAAAGAUAGAGAAGGAUUAAUUGAGAAAGAAAAAAGAAAUAAGAUUGAAUAAAGUACAUAUAGUUUGAAACUGCUUAGACCAGCUAGUAGUACAACUACAUCUAAAUUUAUGGAUUAAGUUCAGAAGAGAAAAUAAAUGGAGGAACAAAGACAAAGGCAUUUAUAAGAGAUGAUGUUAAAGAGAGAGGAAUAAACAUAAAUAAGAGAAGAGAAGAUGUAAUUAUAUGAAGAAAAGAGAAAGAGGAUAUAAGAGGAAAAGUAAUUAGAGUUUUAAGAGAAAUAAGAAAAUAUUACUAAAUAAAAAAGAUAAAAGGAAUUAGAAGAAUAAAAAAAAAAUAAAUAAUUAUAAUAAGUCUAUUUUGAAAGAGAAUAAGAACGUAAAAUGUAAUUAGAAUUUGAAGAGUAAUAAAGAAGGGAUGAAGCAGCAAUUAGAGAAUAAUAACAAAGGGAAUUAAAACAAUAAUUAGAAAGAGAAAAAAAAAUGAAAGAUAAAUAGAAAGAGUAAGAAUAUUUGAUAAGAAAAUAAGAAGAGGAAGAAUAAGAACUUAAAAGAUAAAUAUUCUUUAAAUAAUAAUAAGAAUAAAAAAAAGGAGUUGCUUAAAAAAGAGCAUUAUCUGCUAAAGAAAGAUAAAGAGAAGCUUAGAAAAGUUAAAUUGAAGGUUUGAAGAAAUUAAGAGAGGAUUAUUAUAAAAAAGAAGAAAAAAUUGUUGAGAAGUAAUAUAAAUAUUAAGAAUUAUAAAAAGAAAGAUAAUUAACUAUAGAAGAGAAAAACAGAAUUAAAAAUUAAAAAAUUAAAUAUACAGCUAAAUUAAAAGAGCAUGAAUAAGAAGAAGUAAGGAGAGAAUUUAUGGAAAAGGAAAUGGAUAUUUAAUUAAGAUUGUAAUAGAGAAGUUAAUCAAAGUCUAAAGAAUAAUAUAUGUAAGAAGAAGCAGAUAGAAGAACUAAACAUAGAGAAAAAGUAAAGAAAAUGAAUAUGUUAUAAUUGGAAGAAAAAAGAAAUAUUUAUUUAAGAAAGAUUGAAGAAUAAGAUGAAAAGGUAUUAUAUUGAUAAUAAUUUUAGAUUGAAAAAGUAAAAAAUGAAUAAGAAAUCACCUUAUAAUAACAAGCAUAUAUGAAUUUGAAAAAAAAAGUUGAUUAACAAGAAGCUAUAAAACAUUAAAAGUAGUUAGAAGAAUAUAAAAGAGAGAAAAUUAGAGAAAAAUUAAAGUAAGUAGAUAUGAGAAUGGAUUAAAAGAAGGAAGAGUAAAGAGAAUUAGAUAGAUUAAGAGAACAAGCAAAUAGAAUAGAGAUGAUGGGAAGAAAAUAAUGA